CCUCCGCUCGGAGAGCAUCGGUCACUCUUGUCGCAUGGAUAAUAUCGCCAGCGCCAAAAAAAGGAGGAGGAGGAAAAAGGACAAGAACUGGAGCGACCGAGCCUAACCUGCUGCUAGACUUCUUCCUUUUCUACAUAGGCGCGCACUGCUUUCGUGAAAGGAGGGACACGUAAUAGUAUACACGAACGAGAAGGAAGACGGAGGAGGGAAGAGACGGCGACGCAGACGGGGGAGGAGAGAGAGGCUUUUCACUCGGGUGUCCGGCGAAGCGGCGGCGACAGUGGCAUCGACAGCGACACACCCGAGGACAGUGCCGUCGAUUGUGCAGUGCGCUAUGGUGGCGGCCGAGUGAUUGUGUUGGCAUGACAACAGCGAGACGCCGGUCGACGAGCCGUGAGAUUCUGGCGCCGGGCGCCGACGCCAGUGCGCGCAAGUAUCCAGGAACUCGGAGGAAAUGCACUCAGACUGGGACCCGCGACUGCCGCGACAGCCGUGUCAGCAUGUGAUGGUUGAGGACGCCGCCCCCGCCGCCCAGCCAUGCCCAGCCCAGCCGCCGCAUCAGCAGCGCAGCCAGCAGCCGCCAUCAACAGUAGCAGCUCAGUCCCGGGGGCGGCGUCUCUAGAGCUCGACCAGCAGGACCAGGACCAGGACGGCAGCAGCUCGAGCAGUUCGAGCAGCAGCAGCAGCAGCAGCAGCUCCUCCAGCAGUAGCAGCAGCAGUUCCAGCACCAGCAUGAGCCCCGAGGAGGAGGCGUCGGCGUCGCCGCCGGCCGCCCCCGCGGUGAUCGCGGGCGGCGGCGACUCCGCAUCUGCGAGCCGCGUCGCCUCGCCGCCCACCGCCAGCAAGUUCCUACACGACGACCAGGCGGCGGCCAUCGCCGGCGCCAAGGUCGACACGGGCGGCAUGGCGAGCGCGGCCGGGGCCGGGGGCGGCGCCGGUGACCAGACGUCCGCCCCCGGCGCCGUGCACGCGCAGCAGCCGCCGCCGCCGUCGUCGCACGGCGCUUCGGACGACUCGUGCGCCACCAGCGACGUGGAGAAGUUCGACGGCAAGAUCGUGUACAACCCGGACGGCUCGGCGUACAUCAUCGAGGACAGCGAGCUGAGCGAGGAGGACGCCGUCGACCUGCCCAUCGGCGACGGCUGCAUCGUGGACGGGCGCGGCGUCAGCCUGUCGCAGUUCCAGGUCUUCCCGCAGAUCGCCAACGCCUUCUACGUGUCGCGCAACGCGUCUUUCUACAGCGCGCUGUACGGCGGCCCGGCCGCCACCGCCGCUGGCUACGGGCUGCUCCCGGACAAGAAGAUAGUUCCUGAGAUCCCGAUCAUGCACAGCUACCGCGUCUACACCGUGCGCGACGCGUCGGGCAAGAAUGCCCCGGCGUCUGGCGGCGGCGGCGACGCCGAAGACAAGUGCGCCAAGGGCGGCGACGCGGUCCAGCAGGACCGUGCCGACGCCAAGCAGGACAAGUACUCCGGCAAAGAUUGUUCCUCAGUUCCUGUCAAGCCCAUCCUCAUGUGCUUCAUAUGCAAACUCUCCUUCGGCUACGCCAAGUCGUUCGUGGCGCACGCGAUGGGCGAUCACAACGUGUCCUUGCUGGAGGACGAGAAGGACAUUCUCGGGCACAAGAACGCGUCGGCGAUCAUUCAGUGCGUGGGGAAGAACAAGGAGCCGCUGGUGUCGUUCCUGGAACCGCUGUCGGCCCCCGUGCCGGCGGUGAUCGCCUCCGACAAGCGCGCCGACCCGCCAACCUCUCAGCAACAGCACCAGACUCCGCAGCUUGUUCCUAAAGACCCGAAGCUCCUUUUUCCGGACGGCGGGUCGCGCUCUUCUCCCUCGGGAGGCAACUGUGAUGACAAGAGUGGCUACGGUAGUAGUGAGAUAGUGCGAGGACACUCUGAGGUGGCGGAGAGCCUAGUUGUUCACCGCCGCGAUGCGGACAUUAACUCCUCUCCUCUGGCGAGAGCUAACGUCCAGAAUCUUCAUGUUCCUGAGACUCCGGUCUCCCUACCUCAAAACGGUAGUUCUAGUAAUAAUAAUGUUAACAAUAAUAGUAUUAGUAUAAGUAGUAGUAGUAAUCUCAGCAACAGUAACAGUGUUGUCGGCACCAACGGAAGGAUAGGCGCGAGCGCCAACAAUGUGAUGGACCUGACACGCAAGAGCCCUAUUUCGGCGUCCGCGGCGACGACCGGCAGCGCGUCUCCCGGGGCCAGCCCCUCGCCGGGUUCGACCCUGAGCCCGCUGCUGCAGUCGUACCAACAGCACCACCACCACCAACAGCCGCACCAGCCGCCACCCAGCUUCCUCUCCGGCACGACGAUCGGCGUCUGCCCAGAGCACAUGGCGGGCAGACCCAGUGGCGCCGACUGCGCCAAGUGCGAACUCAUCCUGGCCUCGUCGCGCGGACUGGGCGCCGCUGCCGUCGGCGUCUUGGGCGCCGGCGUCCCCGGCAUGCACUCGCGCAACUCCUGUAAGACCCUCAAGUGCCCCAAGUGCAACUGGCACUACAAGUACCAGGAGACGCUGGAGAUCCACAUGAAGGAGAAGCACCCGGAGACGGAGACGUCGUGCAUCUACUGCAUCGCGGGACAGCCGCACCCGCGGCUGGCCCGCGGAGAGACCUACACUUGCGGGUACAAACCGUACCGCUGCGAAGUCUGCAACUACUCGACCACGACCAAAGGGAAUCUCAGCAUACACAUGCAGUCGGACAAGCACCUGAACAACAUGCAGGAGCUGCAGAACGGCGGCGUGGCGGCGGGCGCGGGAGACGGCCAGCACCACCAGCAGCAGACGCCGCCGCCCUCGGUGAAGCCGUUCAGUCCGCACCACCACCACCACCACCAUCCGGCGUCGCAGCAGCAGCACCACAAGCCGAAGCCCACGUUCCGCUGCGACGUCUGCAACUACGAGACGAACGUGGCCCGCAACCUGCGGAUCCACAUGACGAGCGAGAAGCACACUCACAACAUGAUGGUGCUGCAACAGAACGUGAAGCACAUGCAGACGCUGAGCGCGCUCCAGCACCAGCACGGCUCGGCGGCAGCUGCCGCCGCCGCCGGCGUCGAGUCGCUGCUGCACUUCCACCCGGGCCUCACCCUGCCGGGCGACAAGCCGCCCCCGCACACGGAGGCGGCGCUCGCCGACAUGGCGUACAACCAAGCGCUGCUCAUCCAGAUGAUGACGGGCGGCCAGCUGCCGCCGCACCUCGACCUCGCGCCGCACCUGGACGCCGGCCUCAACCCCGACACCAUGGAGCCGCCGCCCGAGCCCGCAGACCCCAACCCUCAGCAACUCUUCCAGUGCUGUGUCUGCAACGCCUUCGCCACCGACUCUCUGGAGGCGCUGUCGCUGCACCUGUCCGCCGACCGCACCAAGAUCCGCGAGCAGGAGAUCCUCGCGGUGGUCGCCGGCCACUACGUCUGCAAGCUGUGCACCUACAAGACCAACCUGAAGGCCAACUUCCAGCUGCACUGCAAGACGGACAAACACCUGCAGCGGCUGCAGCACGUCAACCACGUGAAGGAGGGCGGCGCGCGCAACGAGUGGAAGCUGAAGUACUUGUCGUCGCCCGGCGGCGUCCAGGUGAGGUGCCACGCGUGCGACUACUACACCAACUCCGCGCACAAGCUGCAGCUGCACGCGGCCGGCCAGCGCCACGAGGCGUCGUGCCUGCUGUUCGUGCACCUCCGAGACACGGACGCCGGCUCGGGGCCCGGCGAGCGGCUCUACCACUGCGCCCUGUGCGGCUUCUCGGCGCGCGCCAAGCUGCCGCUGCUGCAGCACGUGCGCACGGUCAAGCACCUGCAGAUGGAGCAACUCCACCAACUCCAGCGACGCUCCGAGGGCAAGGAACCCCACGCUGACAUCUCGGAGGUGUUCCAGGUCAUCGUGCAGCCGCAGUACGGCCAGCAGCAGCAGCAGCAGCAACCGGCGCUGCCGCCCACGCGCCACGACAGUCCACCUCAGGCGUCAGCUCUCGAAUGUGACUCGCGCAAGGAACAGCAGCAGCACAGUGUGAAGACCGAGGCAAAGGAGGGCGGCGGCAUGCCGAAGCAGCCAGAGUGCGACGACGGGGGCGGCGGGGGUGGACAGCACGGCUGCCCCUACUGCAACUACAGCAGCUCUUCCGAGAUGCGGACGCAGGCGCACGUGCUGGCGCAGCACUCGCAGCUCACCUCUCCGCCGGCGACGCAGCAACAACUCCAGCAUCACCAGCAGCAGUUUCAGCUGCACCACCACCAUCACCCGCAGCAGCAGCACCAUCAACAACAACAGCAGCAACAACAACAACAGCAGCAGCAACAGCAGCAGCAGGAGUUCCAGUGUCCACUCUGCCAGGAUAGCUUCCGCGACCGCGGAAGCCUGGAGCGGCACGUCAUGCAGAUCCAUUCGGUCAACUCGGAGGGCCUCCAGCGACUGCUGCUGCUUGUCGACCAGUCGCACUGGCUCAACGCUGGGGCGCCUGGUCCUCCUGCUCCUCAAACCCCUCAGCUCAGUCAGCAACCACAGCAGCAACAGCAAUCUCAACAUCAACAUCAACAGCAGCCAGCGCCAAACCAAGCCAGUCAGAUGGUCAGCCCGGUCAGUUCCUCGUCGUCUGGUGGCUGCAAGGAGCUGGACACCAGCAAGCACAACAAUUCGUCCGAUGUCAACUCUGUAGACGAGAAUCUACCACAGUCGCCUGUCGACCAUCAGCAGGAUGCGGACGAGAAUCGUUGCCAGACGUGCUCGAAGUCGUUCCGCAGCGUGGACGAACUGUGCUCCCACCAGACGGAGCAGGGCCACCUGGAACUGAAGCAGACGCCGAGCGGGCCCGGCUACCUGUGCUGGAAGAAGGGCUGCAACCAGUACUUCCCCACCGCGCACAGCCUGCAAAUGCACUUCCGCGAGAUCCACGCGCGCUCGGGGGCCCCGGCUGGUCCGGGCACGCAGCAGACAACGACGACGACCACGACGAUCGCGGCGGUGUCGGAGAAGCACGUAUACAAGUACCGCUGCAACCAGUGCAGCCUCGCCUUCAAGACGAUGGAGAAGCUGCAGCUCCACUCGCAGUACCACCUCAUCCGCGACGCCACCAAGUGCGUACUGUGCGGCCGCAGCUUCCGAUCCGUGCUGGCCCUCUACAAGCACGUCGAGACGGCGCACUCCGAGCUCUCCGACGACGAGCUGUCCGCCUACAAGCAGAGCCUCAUGAACAACCCGCUGCUGCUGGCCGGGCUCAGCGGCCAGGUCCUCGACCCGGCCACCAACGAACUGCUGAGGAAGGAGUCGCUCAAGAUGGAGGCGGCCGACGAGGUCACCGAAGUGGACGACAGCCCUACCAAAGAACACAACCAGAGCCAGGACGACAUCGGCGCCCAGCAGAGCGGCGACGGCGAGAACAGCGACGACUCCGUCAUCUACAAGGAGCAGCAGUUCCUGGAGGACUAUCUCAACAGCCAGGCGAUCGCGGAGGACAGCUACAACGACCCGAACCGCAAGUACAAGUGCCACCGGUGCAAAGUUGCCUUCACUCGCCAGAGUUACUUGACUAGUCACAACAAGACCUUACUUCACCGCAAGGGCGAGAAACUGAGCUACCCUAUGGAGAAGUACCUCGACCCGAACCGGCCCUACAAGUGCGACGUGUGCAAAGAAUCUUUCACGCAGAAAAACAUACUGUUGGUACACUACAACUCCGUGAGCCACCUGCACAAGCUUAAGAGGGCCAUGCAGGAGCAGCAGCAGAACAACAACAAUAAUAACAACAAUAACAACAACAACAAUGCUGCUUCCUCCCACGCUGCCGCCGCGGCGUUGGCCGCCAGUCUGGGCGUUACACCACCACCGAUGCCAAAGACGAACGCGUGCGUCGAGGACGACGACAAGAAACCGUACAAAUGCAACAUCUGCAAAGUGGCCUACAGCCAGGGAUCGACCCUCGACAUCCACAUGCGUUCGGUGCUGCACCAGACCCGCGCAUCCAAGUUGCAGGACCUCGCGAUGACGGGACAGAUCGACCUCAGCAAGCCGUUGAUAGAACAGCCCGAACCGCAGAAGGUGCAGGAUCAGCACAAGAAAAUGAUGCACGAGAUGAUGAGCUGCUCGACACCGAAGCAGGCAUCGCCACCAGCAUCUCAAGGACCUUCUCCUACCUCAUCGGCCUUGACACCAGUUCCUAUGGGCAGUUCGCCCUCGCCCCAGCAGCCACAAGCUCCGCACGGCAUGCUAUCGUGUCAGCGCUGCAACGCCUUCUUUGUGAGCCAGGAGCAGCUGGCUACGCACCAGCAAUUGUACUGUCUGUUUGGUAGUCCCAUGUCACUUUUCUCACCUCCGCACGCCCAACCCCAACAACAGCAACAACAGCCAGCACCACAACCACAACAGCAACAGCAGCAGCAACAGCAACAGACUACUCGAUGCUCUCCGACUCCACAAUGUAGCGACAGGACGCCACCACCAUCUCAACAGCCAGCGCAACAAUUGCAGCUCGCACAGAACUCGUGCGAAGAACCCAUGUCGCGACUGGCCAUGAACAGCACCCGAAAGUCCAACCAGGUGUACAAGCAUUUGCUUGAGAGCUUCGGUUUCGAUUUGGUAAUGCAGUUCAACGAGAACCACCAACGUAGACAGCAACAGUUACUAGCUUCCACUUCCGAACAGCCCAACAAUGGGUGUGGUGCUAAUGGCGACGACGAUGUCGAGAUGAUCGAAGUGAAGACUGAACCUCUUGACGAACACCAAGCAGGUGACCUACCAGAGCUGGCUAAAUCUGUGUGUCAGCACUGCCACAAAGAGUUCUCCAGCGUGUGGGUGCUCAAGGCGCACUGUGAGGAAGUUCACCGCGAUCUCGUUCCACCAGAAUUCCUGGAGAAGUAUGCGCAACAGAUCAAGUCGGAACUGGAGAAGAAAUCUGUCGUGGUCGCUGCCAACAUUAGCUCUGAAAUUUCCCCCGAGAAGGAGGCCGUCGCUUUCGACGAUUCUAAAGAGAAGUCGCUCCAGAGUACGCCACCAGCUCCAGACCUGCAGCUCCCGACGACAGCGCCGAGUACUCCGACCGCUUCAUCGACUCCAGCCUCCAGCACUGAUUCAAUCCCGGCGGCUCAGCACCACCAUCACCACGCAACAGCAGCAGCAACAACAACAGCAGCAGCAGCCCCAACAGCAGCAGCAACAGCAGCAUCAGCAACAACAACACCAGCAGCAGCAUCGUUAUCGAUGUCGCUGGCGCAACAGAUGAACGAGAUGCUCAGCGUGAUGGCGGUGCAGCAGCAGCUGCAGCAGUUCAGUCCGAUGAUGAUGGGCAUGGCGGCCAUGGGGCUGGGCCCCCUGGGUCUCAAUAUGGGAGCCCUGGCCGCCAUGAACCUGCAGCCGCCGUUGGUGCCCAUGAUGAUGCCGCCGCCGCCACACUUCGACCCACUGGGCCAGCUCUUCGGAGGGCCUGCCGCUGCCGCCGCGCCAGAACACCUUCUGGCCAAGCAGCAGCACCAGCUACUGCAGCAGCAGCAAGCGGUGACGGCGGCGGCGCAGCAGAAACGAGCGCGUACCCGCAUUACGGACGACCAGCUCAAGAUCCUCCGCGCGCACUUCGACAUCAACAACUCGCCGUCCGAGGAGCAGAUCCACGAGAUGGCAGGCCAGAGCGGGCUGCCGCCCAAAGUCAUCAAGCACUGGUUCCGCAACACGCUGUUCAAGGAGCGACAGCGCAACAAAGACUCGCCGUACAACUUCAACAAUCCUCCCUCGACCACUCUCAACCUGGAGGAGUACGAGAAGACGGGGGAGGCGAAGGUGACGCCACUGAAUCCCCCUCCGUCUUCGGAGGACACUACUCCCAAGGCGGCACCUUCCCCGUCGCCUACGCCCAACAGACGUAAACAAGCCACGCCCCAGCAGCAGGCACAACCACCUCCAGAACAACAACAACAACAACAACAACAACAGCAGCAGCAACAACAACAGCAGCAGCAGCAGAAUCAGAUCCAAACCCACAGCCUCCAACAACCACCAGCCCCUCAGACGCCGGUGACGUUACCAACUGACGUCAUUAAAACGGAACCUAGAGAGACACCUCCCCAGACAGACGCCUCCUACAGCAGCGUGUUCGGCGACAUGUCGCAAGACCAACAUGCUGUGAAAGACGAACGCCCUGUCGAGCCUAUUGAGGAGAAGCCGCAAGUUCUGCUCCCUCCAGCGACAUCUUUACCUGGUGGAGCCCUCCCUCAGACGUCGGUGGCAACUACGACCAGCGAACCGUGCCCUCCGCCCCAGACGAGUUUGCGUAGUAACUCCCCAGGAAACCUGACGCUCACGUCCAUCAUCGCGUCGCAGCUCGGCUCCGACUCCAUCAUAACGAGCCACAGUGGGAUGGGAGCGGUCUCCAGCGUCCCUUGCAGCAACACUAUGAGCGGAAACACCAGCACGACCGUGAGCAACAUGCUGCCGCCGAAGCUGACUCCGCCGAACUUCGCGUCACCGAGCCAGCUCCCCACGUCGCCGAGCAUUCUGCCCCUGGCGCCGGUGUCCAGAAGCGCGAGUCCGUGCCGAUCGUACACGAGCAACUCUUCGGACGGCUUCGGGCACGUUUCCGCGGGGGGUGCCGGCGGCAACGGCAACACCCCGACCGGGGGCUCGUCCGGAAAGAGGGCCAACCGGACGCGCUUCACCGACUACCAGAUAAAAGUACUGCAAGAGUUCUUUGAGAACAAUGCCUAUCCUAAAGAUGAUGAUCUGGAAUAUUUAUCCAAACUGUUGAAUCUCAGCCCGAGAGUAAUUGUAGUUUGGUUCCAGAACGCCCGACAGAAGGCCAGAAAAGUUUACGAGAACCAGCCACCAGUGGAAGCGCCACCAGGUGUCGAGGAUGGCGGUGCCAACAGAUUCCAAAGAACUCCUGGCCUCAACUACCAGUGUAAGAAAUGUCUGCUCGUUUUCCAGCGCUACUAUGAACUGAUACGCCAUCAGAAGACGCACUGCUUUAAAGAGGAAGACGCUAAGAGAUCUGCUCAGGCCCAGGCGGCUGCUGCUCAAAUUGCUGCCGUACUGUCGUCAGAAGAUUCCAAUUCUAGCACCAUAGCUGAUACGACUCAACACCAGCAGCCACCUGUGAUACCACAGAUACAGCAACAACAGGUGCAGCUUCACCAUCAACAGCAGCAGCAACAACAACAACAGCAGCAACAACAAUCCCCGCAACAGCAACAGCAGCAGCAACCAGUACAACAGCCACCGUUACAACCUCAGAUUCAGUCCCUGUUGCCUGCAAUACCAGCCCCAUUACCCACCAAUCCCCAAACACCAUCGAGGACUAUCACGCCGACACCAGCCUCUGUCUUAUUUCCUCCCUCUCCUAUCCCUACCCCUGCCACAUCAACCAGUGGCGAUAAUACAAGCAAAGAAGGUACCUUCCAGUGCGACAAGUGCAAUUUAGUGUUUCCUCGAUUUGACUUGUGGCGGGAACAUCAGCUGGUUCAUAUCAUGAAUCCCAACUUGUUUCCAAGUUAUCCACCCGAUAGCCCUUUUGGAAUAUUGCAACAACAUGCUCAGCUACAACAGCAGCAGCAACAACAACAACAACAACAACAACAGCAGCAACAGCAGCAGCAACAACCACAACCGCAAAUUGUUGCUGGACUGGGAGUCGCCGAUUUGUCGGUCAAUUCGGCGUCCCCGCACGCCCAUCCCUUGGCGUCCAUGCUGACGGCAAACAAAAGGAAAUUUGAUGAAUAUGAAGAGAAUUCCGAACGUGACCAAGAGCAACCAAAAGACAAGAGACUUCGGACAACGAUUUUACCGGAGCAGCUCGAUUAUCUGUACCAGAAGUAUCAGCUGGAAAGUAACCCUUCCAGAAAGAUGCUGGAAAACAUUGCACGCGAAGUAGGACUGAAAAAGCGCGUCGUUCAAGUGUGGUUUCAAAAUACACGCGCCCGAGAGCGGAAGGGACAGUUCCGAGCUCACGCUCAGGUCAUCAACAAGCGCUGCCCGUUCUGUCCAGCCCUCUUCAAGGUGAAGUCCGCGCUCGAGUCGCAUCUCGUCACGAAGCACGCUGACCAGUGCACCAGAGGGGAGAUUAAUAUCGAUGCACUUCCAGACGAAGAACUGAGCAUGGAGUCGACGCCGUCAUUCACAUCGUCGCAAAUGGGAGACGCCAGCAAAAUGGGCUCAUCGUACGGCACGGCUACGCCGACGCAGAAUCUCAUGCCGCCACUUUUUCCACCAUUCCACACGGAUAUGGAGAACUCUCUGAAGAAGUACUACGAAGAGUCUAUGAAGCGGUACCUCAGUGAGCUGCAGGCUCACCAUACGGCGCAGCAAAACGGCUCCAUUAGUGGCGUUAAAGAAGGCGGCAUUCCGACAGAUCUGAGUAUGAAAAUCAAACAAGAGCCAGUGACGUCCGGCGGCGAGGGUGGUGGCGAGUGUCCACUAGACCUGAGCAAACCGGUCGAUCUCAGCAGGCCGAUGAAGAUCUCUAUGGACCACAACACUUCGCUGACGGAGGCCGGUCCUCUGACGGAUCUCAGCGAGCGCAGCAUAUGCUUCGAGGACGAUUCCAUGUCGGAGACGACAGAGAACAUGGACGGUUACGAGAGCAGUCCAACUUCUCCGGCGUCCAGCACGCAGAGCGGUCACCAGAGGCAUAUGAACGCUUGUAGCACCCCUGUGGGUAGCGGCACCGGCGGCGGCAGCACGGGCAGCGGGCCGGGGAGUGGGGGCAAGCGCUUCCGGACUCAGAUGAGCAGCCUCCAGGUGAAGGCGAUGAAGUCCCUCUUCAGCGACUACAAGACGCCGACGAUGGCCGAAUGCGAAAUGCUCGGCCGGGAGAUCGGCCUACCAAAGAGAGUGGUGCAGGUGUGGUUCCAGAACGCGCGGGCGAAGGAGAAGAAGAACAAACUGGCGCUGCAGAAGGCUCUCGUCGGCGACGGCAACCCUCCGGCGCCCACGACAACUCCGGAGCGGCCGCCGGAAGAGUGUCGCCUGUGUCAGUUCAAGUAUUCGCACAAGUACUCCGUGCAGGACCACAUCUUCACGAAGAAGCACAUCGACAAUGUGAAGGCGUACAUCGAGAGCGGCAAGGCGGACGCUUCCGGCAACACCAGUGACGGCGGCGGCAGCGGCGGCGCCGGCGCCGAGUUCACGGUACCACCAGUGCCCGUGGCGGGGUCCUCGACGACUGCUCCGGUCCAGCAGCCGAUGGGAGACUCAGCGGGCGGAGUGGCUUCCGGCCAGCAGUUCGUAGCAGCGGCUGCUGCGGCGGCCAACAUGAACCAGCUGGCGCAGCUGCAGAUGCUGCAGAUGGCCGGCCUGUCGCUCAAGCCGGAGGCGGCCACCGGCGGCGGCGGCGGAGCCGUUUCUGGCAGCACCGGCGGGGGCGGAGGCGGGGGCGGAGGGCCCGGAGGCGGCGCCGGCACCGGGUCUGGCGGCGGGGCGGCGGCCAAAGAGGGCGACGAGAUGGCGCUGUUCCACCAGCUGUACGGGCUCGGCCUGCCCGGCUUCCCGCCGCAGGGCAACCUCUUCCUGCACCCCGCGCUCUUCUCCGCCACCGAGGAGUCUGUAUAGCACCAACGGUCUCUCGUUCGAAACCACGCAACAGACUGGCGCUGCCGGCCAAUGGACACUGUUAGUACCAGAGACACCGAAUUUUCCCCUGUUGUGCAUCCCACUCUUCUGUGCGUUUUUCGCCU